UCGUACAUGUUUUUGUGGUCGAUAUAUCGAUAGCUGUUGCGAUAUCAGAGUCAAACUAGUAAACAUCGGACGCGCCAAAAAUCAUUCGCGAAAAGUGUGUCCCAAUUCGAGCGUCAGCCAGGAUUCGCAGAUCGUUGCAAUUGUGGUAUAGAAUACAAUUAAAGUGAGGAUGAGCACAAGCCUGGACGAGUCAAUAUGCGCGUAUUUCGUCAACAACACAAAGAGCGACACAGAGGCCGACUUGGCCAUCGCUGAGCUGUAUGCCAACGCACUGCAGCUGAUGCGCGAGCAGCUGGAGGACACGCAAAUUCGUGAAAUUCGUCCAAGUGAAGGCUUUCCGCUGAUCGCCGGUGGGGGGCUGACGAAAAAGGAUGUCUUCGUGCUGGCUCAGUUCGAGGGCGAGCUAUUCGAGCAGCUGCAGCUGACCAAGGCGCUGGUGCUGGGCCCACCCUGUAUUGUGGCGUGCCUGCAGGAGAACGCGCCCGUUCCACUGGGCAGCAGUCCCAUUUACGCCACGGCUAUGCGUGACCUGCAGAUCUCGGCUAGCGGCAUCAGCAGCAAAGAGAAGGAGGACAUUAAGAAACUGAUCCACUGGAUGGGCGGUCAUUAUUUCCAGAACUUCGGACGCAACAUCACACAUCUGAUAUCCAAUACAAUCAAGUCGAACAAGUACGAGCACGCCACGCUCAACGAUGUGCCCGUCAUGCACACCGACUGGGUGCAGGGCGUCUGGGCGUGCUGUCGCAGCGGCGCCAAUGGCACCAGCAUCAGCGCCACGGAUCCACAGUUCGACAAGUAUCGCCUGCCCACGUUCUUCGGCGCCAACAUCACGUGCAGUGGCCUGGACACGGCGCGCAAGGAGGCGGUGAUGCGGCUGGUCAAUGAGAACGGCGGCAUCUAUCAUCGCGCCUUCCGCUCCCAGCAGGUGGACAUCGUCAUCACGGAGCAGUCGAAGACCGACACCGAAAAAUACAAGGCGGCGCUGCGCUUCAAGAAGGACAUCCUGCUGCCCGAGUGGAUAUUCGAUAGCCAUGAGCGCGGCUAUGCGCUGCCCACCAAGCAGUACGAGGUGCGGGCCGGCAAGCAGGUCUCCACGCCCACUAAGCGCCACCAUGGCAACCAUGGCAGCCAUGCCAACCAGACGGCUGCGGACAACACACAGCUCUCGGAUCUGUCGCGCAUCAGCUUCGUGAGUGCGCCGGGUCGUCGCAUGUGCAGCGACAACACCACGCUCAACGAGACCGUCAGCAGCAACUGCAGCAUCGGGACACGCAGCGGCGGCGCUGGGGGUGCCGGUGGUGGGGCCAGCGGCAGCGGCCUGCUCAAGCAGGCCACCAGCAAUCAUAAGCAGCAGCUGUACCAGGAGACGCUGGCGGAGAUUAGCCCGCGCAAGGCCAAGAAGGCGGGCAGCUUUCUGGACGGCUGCUGCGUCUACCUGAGCGGCUUUCGCAGUGUCGAGCGGGAGAAGCUGAAUCGCGUGCUCAACACGGGCGGCGCCACGCGCUACGACGAGCUGCACGAGGGCCUCACCCACAUCAUUGUCGGCCAGCUGGAGGAUGCCGCGUAUCGGCAGUGGCAGACGGAGGGUUUGCUGGCCACGGUGCAGGUGGUGCGGCUCGAGUGGCUGCUGGAGAGCAUUCGCGCUGGGCGCAUUGUCAGCGAGCUGCCGUAUCGGGUCUCCGUGCCGCAUCUUGCCAGCGAGGCCACCGACGCCCCCUCGCCGGCCAGCAAGCGCACGUUGCGCUCCAUGAAUCACAGCUUCAAGCAGCCGUCGCUGCCCAUCAAGAAGAAGCUCUUUGAUGGGCCCACAGAUGCCGGCAAUGCUCCACCGGAGCCGGAGCCAGAACCGGAGCUAGAACCGGACCUGCUCACGCACUACUCGCAGGAGCAGGAGCCAGCCAUGCCGCUGCCCGCCGCCAGCUCGACGCAGCUCUCGCUGAGCGGACUCACAGCUGCAGCGCCCGCCUCGGCCGCCGUUCCACUGGCCGUCGCCCUGCCCGACCUGAGCGCCAGCACGCUCUCCAUCGACUUCGACAAGCUGGACUACUUCAGGGGCGCCUCGGUGUACGUGCACGAGCCGUGCUUCAGCAGCGAGCUGUACGAGCAGAUGCUCAGCGAGUGCAAGGCCGCCCAGGGCUGCCUGGUGCCGGCGAGCUACACGGAUCCGGUGGACUAUGCCAUUGUCAGCUUCGAGCAGGCGCUGGAUGAGGCCACGCUGCCGGUGCAGGCGCGUCACGUGGUCACCGAGCUGUACCUGGAGAGCUGCAUGAAGCAGAACGCGCUGCUCCCGCUGGAGUACUACCAUCGGCCGGUGCCGCACACGGCCAGGCUGGAGCCGCUGCGCGGCAUGACCAUUGUGGUGUCCAUCUAUGCGGGACUGGAGCGCGACUUUAUCAAUGCGCUGGCCGAGCUGCUCGGCGCCGUGCUGAACAAGGCGUUCGUCAAGAAGGAGCGGCCGCUGCUCAUCUGCUCCAGUGCCGAGGGCUCCAAGUACGAGGGCGCCCUGAAAUGGGGCUACCCGGUGGUCCGGGCCGACUGGCUGGUGCAGUGCGCCCAGCGCGGCGAGAAGCUGCCGUAUGCCCGCUUCCUGGUGGGCAAAAGCGUCAGCGACUUCCCCGUCUCGCCCGGCCUCAAGGAGAGCAACAGUAAGAGCAACAAGAGCAACAAAACGCUGACGCCCAAGAACCAAGGGAAGACGCCCGCCACGCCGCAGGAGAAGGCGGCAGGAGUGGAGCAGCAGUCGACGCUGGUGGAGGAGGAGGAUAAGGAGCAGCAGCCGCUGCAGCCGGAGCUGACGCCGCUGCGCAACCCGCGCAUCUCCGAGCUGGUCACGGGUGUGGCCAGCACGCGGCGGCGCAGCUCGAGCGGCACCACGACGCCGGAGUCGCCGCACACGCCGCUCAAUCAGAAAACCAGCGCCGGCGCGUGCAACUUUGACUUCCUGGAGCAGGUGGUGCAGCGGCUGGACACGAGCCAGGCGCGCGACUGUGUGCGCCAGAUAAUCCGCGAGAUGCGCGAGAACCAGACACCCGAGCUGGAGCGGAUCAGGCGGCAGGCCUGCACGCCCGUCAAUCGACGCCAGGCCUCGAAGCCUGCGCCCGGCAUACCCAACUUCUGCCUGACGCCCGAGUUCCAGCAGCGCAUGGCCGACGACUUCGAGCGACGCUGGCGCCUGCCCAAGCACCAGAUCAAGCCGGACACGCCCAUAACGGUCAUUCGACAGCGCGUGAUGCGCAUCACGUGCGAGACGCUGGGCAUCGACUACAGCGACAGCGAGAAUGAGGGCGUGCCAGUGGCCGAUCAUCAGCCCAAGAGUAUGGUGGAGCAGCCGGUGGGUCGCCUCCUGUUCCAGGCGGGAGCAACUGCAGCUGGUGCUGCAGCUACAGCCACAGCGCCUGGCUCCCCGUUCGUGCCCAGCACACAGAGUCCCAGUGGCGCAGGUGCAGCGGAUGAGCUGCCCAGCGCCAGCACCAUCAACUUCGACAAGAUUAGCUUCGAGGAGUCGGCGGCCGAGAACUCGCUGGAGCUCAAGCAGCUCACCGACUACCUGAAGAGCCGCGAGUCGCGGCGCAGCAGCCUGAAGCGCGACCACGAGGGUCACGCCAGGAGCGAGGUGCAAUACGUGCAGCCCUUCGAGUCGGAGGGCUUCGCCAUGACCGCCGGCGAGGAUAUUGUGGGCUGGCGAGAUCCCGCCGAGUUCAACCUGGGCAAGCGGAGCAGCGACGGCGAGUCGUCGCGCAUGAUCUACCAGGGCACGCCCUGCUUCAGCAUCUCGUGCGGCGACGACGAGGAGAAGCGCAUGCUGCUCAUGGAGCGCAUUCGGCUGCUGGGCGGCCAGAUCUGCCAGAAUCUGUCCAACUAUGAUCCCGCCUGCACGCAUCUGCUGUGCGAGCGCCCCAAUCGCGGCGAGAAGCUGCUCGGCUGCAUGGCAGCCGGCAAAUGGGUGCUGAACAUCAGCUACAUCGAGGAGUGCCACGCCCGCGGCGUCUUUCUGGACGAGUCGCUCUACGAGUGGGGCAAUCCCAAGGCGCUCAAUUUGCCCACCCUGGCGCCGGAGGAGCAGCAAAUCGCAGCCGCUGCGCACCGCUGGCGGCUCGAGCUGACGCCCGACAGCGGCGCCUUCAGCGACUACCGCGUCAUCCUCAGCCUGCAGGAGCGCAAUCUGGCGGCCAUCAAGAAUGUGCUGCGCGCUGGCGGCGCCACGAUCCUGGAGCCCAGCUCACCCUUCAGCGCCGACCCCGCGUCAGCCACUGCCACCCACUGCUUCGUCGAUGCCAAGAAGGCGCCGCUGGCCGCAAAGGACUUUGCCUAUCUGCAGCAGCAUGGCGUCCGCAUCAUGUCCCAAAUGUGCAUCAAUAGCUACCUGAUGGGCGGCCGGGACGCCAAUCUCGAGAAGUACGUCCUGCGCCAGUGAAGCGCGCUCUCUUUCUAUUGUUUUUUC